CACAACAGUUUUUGGAAAAGAACAUCCAGGACGUGUUCGAGGCGUGGGAUAAGUGUUCUCCCAUCUCAAUACCUUGGAAGCUCACAAGAGCUCCAUCCAGUUUCUAAUGAUUUCAUAAAGAAGCAUUUUCACUCAUAUUCCUUAUAUCUUAUUGAUAUUUGUGUUCUUUCUUAUAUCCUUGAAUUCGAUGGAGCAUAUAGUGGAAAUCCUGGAAGGUCUGGAGCAGGAGCUGUGCUGCGUGAUGGGAACCAGGUUCAGCGCUUCAGUCAAGGACUGGGCACUCAGACAAAUAAUUCUGCUGAAUAUCAAGGUUUAAUUUUGGGAUUGAAAGAAGUAGCCAACCAAGGAUAUGAUCGUGUUUAUGUUCGAGGUGACUCUCAGCUUGUUUGCAACCAGUUUGAGGGUUCCUGGAAAGUGAACAACCAGAAUUUAAGUGGCCUGUGUAAUAAGGCUCAGCAGCUGAGGGAUAACUUUAAGUCAGUCACUGUCGAACAUGUUCCUAGGGGCCAUAACACUGAAGUUGAUGCUCAAGCAAGUCGGGGUAAAUAUCUCAGAGGUGGUACAAGAGUUUACUUGGUGUUUUCCUUUUCCUAUGUCUCGAUGUUACUUGUUUAAUUAAGAGCAUUGUAGAGACUUUGGUGAAGAUGUAAGGUUCAUGGAUUUAUGUGUCAAAAGGGUGCGGGUAGUGUUUUUGUUCAUGGCAGGUCUGCAGUGGGGGUGGUGGUUUGUUGUUUUGUUUUGGCGCUCAAGCUGUUCUUUAUUUGCCUUUCCUUUUGGUCCUACCUGAUGGUGUUCUGUUUUUUUUUUCUUUCUUUCUAUUUGUUGUUUGUAGUCUGUGUUGUUAAAAGGGCCUAUUGUUCUAGGAGGACUUUUUCUUAAUUUUGUUUUUUUGUUUCGGAUGAUAGUUCUGGUUCCUGCAUUUUUAUGUAGGUUGUAUCUUUACUCUCCAAUGUGUAAUCCUUGUACAUAUAGAUAAGUUACUUUAAUAA